CUCCUGACCUGGAGCAAUCCUCCCACCUCGGCCUCCCAGAGUGCUGGGAUUACAGGUGUGCGCCACCGCAGGCAGCUGCGGUAGGUGCUUAAUCAGUGUUUGUGGAAUGACUGACUGAGAACACCAGGUACCGGGGGUGCCAAGGGCCGGAUGGUGGCCGCCAACAGAAACGUCCACACCAUGCCCGGAGCCUAUGAUGGGACCUUAUUUGGAAAUGAGGUGUUUGCAGAGGUAACUGAGGAUCUUGAGAUGGGAACACCUUGGGUCACCCAGGGGGCCCUGUCUAGACCUUGAUCUCUGACUUCAGGCCUCCAAAACCAUCGGAGAAUAGAUUCCCAUUGUUCUCAGCCACUGAGUUUGUGACACUUGGUUACAGGAGCCUCAUGGGGGUGGGGGGGGAGGAAGUAAACCAAACAACGUUCCCUGUUCUGUGCAUUGGCGCAUUCAUUCCCUCACUCAGUCGUUCGCUACUUCCCAUCCUGGGCACUGUCCCAGUCAGCUCCAAGGCAGGGAGGCAGUGUGACAUCACAGCCUUUGGGACGAGACCGACUCGGGGGUUAACCCCGGUCCUGCCGCUUGCCUGCUGUGACGUUUGGAGCCCCAUAUUGGACCUAAGCCAAGGUCCUGCUCGAUGUGGUGGGGACGGCCAGGAUGCCACCUUGGGAACCGGCGUGAACACUCGUGCGAGGCCUGGCUCUCCCAUGGCACAUUUAUGCGGUGGCGGCGUGGGUGCCAUGUGGGACACGCAGCAGCCUUGAGCCUUGUACUCCUGCCCGGUGUCCCCGAGGAGAAGCUGGGCGCUCAGCAGGGCGCGGUGACUGAGCCCCCGCCACGUGGAGCUGGUGACACUCGGUAGAUGACAGCAGUCGGGUAGGACCGUUAGAAACUGUGUCGAGAAUAAAAAGCUUUUGGGGGCCUGACUGGUGUGGACACGCAGGGCUGACGGGGUGAGGCGAGGCUCCGGGCAGUGAAGACGGUUAACUCAGAGCAGCGGUGCUCAAAGGGGACCCAGCGUCAGCAGCGAGGAUGCUUGGGCCCAGCCACACCCGCUGAGGCCGAGACUCUGAGUUCGAAUGAUGCCAGCUGACGUUUAUCAGCAGAGGUGAGAGGGCACCUGGGUUACAGGAAUAAACAGGGUCAUGUUCCAGGCUUGACCUCCAUGCACCUGCAUUUUCUGGAAAGAGGCCAUCGCAGUUGACCUGGCCAUCAGUGCGGCGAGAGGCUGUCUCUGCUAAGUGCGGCCGGGGACCAGCACCUGCCCCCGAGCUGGUUAGAGACUCGGGGUCUCGGGCUCCGCCCAGGUGGAAGGAAUCAGAGCACGCACUCAACAAGGCCCGGCGGGUCUCGUGCACAGGUUAGUUUAAGGAGCACGGUGGGAGCUGGAGGAAGAGGAGGAAGGUGAAAGGAGACUGACUGUGCAGCCCCCUCUCUGCAGAUGGGCGGGGGUCAGGUGAGCUCAGGCGUGACCCUGCCGCUGUGGCUGCCAGCCGAGCCCCUGGGACCCUCCAGGGCCUGAGAAAACCCCACCCCCGGGAGGGGCCUGCGGGGGAUAGGGUCUUAAGACUCUCUUGCUCAGGUCAGAAGUUGCAAAAGCAGCGCGUUCCUUGGGACGGGUGACUCAGACCACCCUAGGUUUGGGGACCGGCCCCAACCCAGGCUCUCAACACCUCUGUUCAUUAGUGACUCACUCACCUACCCCUGGGUGACCUGGGAUCUUCCCUCUUCCACCCCUCCAGGCCCAGGAAAUGCAGCCAGACCAGCUGGAGUGACCAUGGAGUUGGGAUUUGGCGCCAUGGAGGGCCCGGCCCCAGGCACCGGCCUUGCAGAAAAGCCCCUCUCCGCCACGCUGUCCCCCGUGGGAGCCGUCUUCAUUCUCCUCAAGUCGGCGCUGGGGGCCGGCCUGCUCAACUUCCCCUGGGCCUUCCACCAAGCGGGCGGAGUCCUCCCUGCCUUCCUGGUGGAGCUGGUCUCCCUGGUCUUCCUGGUCAGCGGCCUGGUCGUCCUGGGCUACGCGGCCUCUGUCAGCGGCCAGGCCACCUACCAGGGCGCGGUCAGGGGGCUGUGCGGCCCGGCCGUCGGGAGGCUGUGUGAGGCCUGCUUCCUCGUCAACCUGUUCAUGAUCUCCGUGGCCUUCCUCAGGGUGAUCGGGGACCAGCUGGAGAAGCUGUGUGACUCUCUCCUGCCUGGCGCCCCGCCGGCCCCGCGGCCCUGGUACGCCGACCAGCGCUUCACCCUGCCCCUGCUCUGCGCGCUGCUUGUCCUGCCACUGUCCGCCCCGCGGGAGAUCGCCUUCCAGAAACACACCAGUAUCCUGGGCACCUUGGCUGCCUGCUACCUGGCCCUGGUCAUCACCGUGCAGUACUACCUCCGGCCCCCGGGUCUGGUCCGCGAGCCCCGUCCCUCGCUGAGCCCUUCCUCCUGGACCUCUGCGUUUAGCGUCUUCCCCACCAUCUGCUUCGGAUUCCAGUGCCACGAGGCCGCCGUCUCCGUCUUCUGCAGCACGCGCCCCCGCAGCCUGUCCCGCUGGGCGCUGCUGUCCGCGCUGUCCCUGCUGGCCUGCUGCCUCGUCUACUCACUCACUGGGGCUUACGGCUUCCUGACCUUCGGGACGGAAGUCUCUGCUGACAUCUUGAUGUCCUACCCCGGCAAUGACGUGGUCAUUGUCAUCGCCCGGGUCCUCUUCGCUGUGUCCGUCGUGACCGUCUACCCCAUCGUGCUCUUCCUGGGGAGGUCGGUGAUGCAGGACUUGUGGAGGAGGAGCUGCCGGGGGGCGUGGUGGCCCAGGGCGCUGGCCGACCCCUCGGGGCCGUGGGUCCGGAUGCCGCUGACCGUGCUGUGGGUCGGCGUGACGCUCGCCACGGCCCUGUUUGUGCCCGACCUCAGCGAGAUCGUCAGCAUCACCGGUGGCCUCAGCUCCUUCUUCAUCUUCAUCUUUCCAGGUUUGUGCCUCAUCUGUGCAAUGGGCGUCGAGCCCGUGGGACCGAGAACCAAGUGCUGCCUGGAGGCCUGGGGCGCGCUCUGCGUGCUGCUCGGCACCUUCAUCUUCGGCCAGAGCACGGCGGCCGCGCUCUCCGGGCGGCUCUGAUGGGCGUCCUCGCCGGGCAGGAGCGGCCCCCGCGGCGCGAGUGCUCUCCGCCCUGAAGAUGCCGGAGGAACGACGCCUCCCGCCGUCUCGGGCUGCUCGCUCGGGCUCAGCUCGGAGGGUUUCUUUUGCAAACGUGCGGAAGGGACGGAAUCGGCUCCUGCGGCCACUGUAACACGUUCCCCCACACAGGUGGCUUCGUACAACAGA